CGGCAGUGACAGUCUGGCUGCCGUCCUGACUGAGCGGCGCGGCCCAGCCCGGCCCCGGCUCCCCUCGGCCUCGGUUAUGGAGAACGACGUCCUGGACUCGCUCGAGGACUUGGGAUACAAGGGCCCAUUACUGGAAGAUGGUGCUUUGGACCUGGCAGUGUCUAGUGGAGCAGCAUCCCCUGAAUACACUAAGCUAUGUGCUUGGCUAGUAACGGAACUGAAAGCAUUUUACAGUCUGGAGGAAAAUGUGAAUGCAACAAACAGUCCCAAGGAAGCUGAAGGAUUUCAACUAGAGAUGAGCGGUUUGCUAACUGAAAUUAAUUGUCCCUAUUCUCUUCUGACGACUGGAGAUGUCACUAAACGCCUUCAUAACAAAAAUAACUGCCUCUUAUUACUCACUUUCCUGAUUUCUGAGCUUGAAGCUUCACGGAUGCUUGCUGUGAACAAGAUCCCAGAAAAGAAGGAAGAAGAGGAGCCCAGCCCGGCCUUUGUGGAGCUAAAAUCUGUUUGCAUUACUCUGGGUAUGUCCAAGCCCCCAGCUAACAUCACCAUGUUCCAGUUCUUCAGUGGGAUUGAGAAAAAGCUUAAAGAAUCUCUCUCAAAGGUGCCCCCAAAUCAUGUGGGAAAACCGCUGGUGAAAAAAAUGCUUGGACCAGCUCAUUGGGAAAAACUAGAGGUCAUCAAUCAAAUGUUUGUGAACGAAUAUGAAUGUCGAAGAAAUAUGUUGCUAAAGCGUAUGGAUGUGACUAUUCAAUCAUUUGGAUGGUCCGAGAGAGCCAAGAGCCAGUCCGAAAAAUUAGCCAAAAUUUACCAGCCUAGGCGUGCUGCUUUGUCUCCAAAAGGCACUAUUUGCACUGCACAUCUGCUAGCUGCUCGAGAAGAUCUGUCGAAAAUUAUGCGAACCAGCAGUGGCUACACCCGAGAAAAGACUGCAUGUUCCCUUAAUAAGGUACUAAUGGGAAGAGUGCCAGACAGAGGUGGCAGGCCCAACGAAAUCGAGCCCCCUCCACCUGAGAUGCCACCAUGGCAGAAAAGACCAGACAAUCCCCCAUCCAUUGGAGGUCGGGGAGGAGGAAGAGGGGGAUAUGACCAAGGCUUUUAUGGAGGAGGUGGAAGAGGAGGAGGAGGAGGAUAUGACCGAGGCGGGGGUCGUGGUGGACAUGAUAGAACAGAACAUGUAGGACGUGGAGGAGGCAGAGGAAAAAUUCAAGGAGGAUGGUCUGAUGGAAGUGGUGGCUAUCAAGAUAGUGGCUACCAUGGAGGAGGAGGUGGUGGUGGUGGUGGCUACCAUGGGGGGAUGGGAGGCUAUCAAGGUGGUGGUGGAGGUGGCAACUACCAGGGGGGUGGUUAUCAAGGAGGUGGCUACCAAGGACAUCAAGACAACAGAUAUCAGGAUGGUGGCCAUGAUCAGGGUGGAGGAAGGGCUGGUGGUGGACGUGGAGGUCGGGGGCGUGGUGGUCGGGGAGGACGUGGAGGACAAGGAUGGGGAAGCAGAGGUGGAGUAAGCUACAACCAGGCAGGACAGUUUGAGCAAUAUUUCCAGCAAGGAGGCCAACAGUUUAGCCAGUCUGGUUUCUAUCAAGGUAGACAGUAUACCAGCUAAUAGCAUUGUAGUACUGAAUACCAGCCUCUUGCCACAAAAGGCUCAGACCCACCCAUCCACGAGUAACGAUGUUUGAAUACAACUAAAAUUCAAUACCUUGUAUUGCAGCGUUGCAGGUUUGUUUUAUAAACAAUGGGACUAGAGAUUGCUUUCUUGCAGCAAGAGAGAGAGAGAGCGAGCUUGUGAUUCUAGAUCUGCUUCUGCCUUCCCCUUUCCUCCCCUAUCCCCACUGCACUCCUCCCUGAAACAAAAGUUGGAUUUUCGACUUAUAACGAUACUUGAAGCGCAGUAAGAAUGAAAAGUAACUGAUUUGCAUUAUGCAUGUGUAAAUGCUAUUGACUCGGCAAAACCUCUUGGUUUUUUGAAAUGCACUACAAACCGAACCCUGACUGAGCCUGGAGACCCAUAAGUUGAUUGUUUGAACAACAGCACAUACUGAGCUUAUGUUUCUUUUGUGUUCUACAGUUCAAGCCACAUGAUAGUACUUGCUGGCUGUUAAUUGUAAAUAAAUGUAUACGUCACAAGCAGAGUGAACGAGUGUGAUCUCUGUGAAAGGUGAGCAAUAAAGAAUGUUGUUUGCUGACUGGAGCUGUUGAGUUUUUGUUGAGCUCAGUGUACGAAUUUACAGCAGCUCAGAGAAGCUCUUUGAGUACUGAAGGAGGAUUUCAACACUUUUUUUAAAAAAAAUUCAAUUUCUGCUUUUUUUUCUUCUUCCUGAAGGAUUCUAGAAUGACAAAUGUGGUUGGGAAGCAUCUGUGGUUUUUUGCAUUUCUAACUUGGAGAUUUACUGAAAAGUCGGCUCUUUUGCACAUGUGUGUAACUUGAAAGCUCAGAGGACGUUCAGUAUGUAAAGGGCUAGCGUGUAAAAUUGACUAAUUCGCCUUAAAUUAUGAAAAUGUUGUACAAUGCCUUUAAUUCUACGAGGAGAAGAGGAUAUUAGCAUGCAAACUGAAAGGAUUGGUUUAGCCAAGUGUGGCCUGGUGUUUGUCAAACACUCAACUCGUGAUUUUUUUCUUAGUUUUAAUCCUGGCACUGGUCAGGUUUUUGCUGCAGUCUACAGUAUGUACUAUGUGUUUGGAACUUGCAAUCAGUUGUUGAAUAGGGAUUAAUGAUUAAAAAAAGGUGGAAAUAAAACUAAAUGUGAAAAGAGAUAUCCUGUCGCACACAUUAUUGCGUUCAUAUGAUUUUAGCUCAAAUUCUGUGGUUAAUUUGAGUAAAAGUUGGUUGGUUUGUAUCAAUUUAUCCACUGACUCUUUGUUGACCCAUAAUCGGUACAGUAGUUCAUUCAGUCUGACCUUUUGUUCAGUGUUUGAUAUAAAGAUUUGUUGUGUCCAAUGUUGUCUUUCUGCUCUGGAUGAAACAUUGCUCAGGUUACAGUUGCAAUUAUGCAAGCAGAGGAUCGGAAAAUUAACCUCUUGCUAUUUAAGACCAUAAUACAUGCAGCUUUUUGAUGGUUCUUUGGCUCGUUUUUAAUAACUGCACAAUUGAAAUUUUUGAGCACUAGAGGGACAUGCUUAUCAGCCAGCAAGAGCUCUCUACUAAUUACAUUAAAAGAUGACAAAAGGAGAAUGCUGUAGUGGUCCCCUUUAUGGAGUGAUGGAAGAACUAUUGUUUUAUUUCAUGUGGCUCAUUUUGAAGAGCUCUUGCAGUUUGUGGGUCACUAAUCAAAACUUGUCGCUUGCCUUUUAAUCAAACAGCUCUUGCAAAUGUCCAGUGCUGUUGAAUCCUUCAGGCUUCGCUAUAGGAGUCAAAAGAAACUCGCUGCAAUCGUUUACAGUGCACAUGUCGAUUUGUCAAUUAACAGAAUAUAUUUUGGGUUCAGUAUUGUAUCGAUUUCAUGCAGCAUGAAGUAUUAAAACAUUUGUUUCAGCGCCUUCACAAUUAAGUGAAGUUGGAGGUUUUCUCCAGAAAUGGAGGGAAAUUUGUAAUUUGGACUGUUAAGAAUACACAAAUCAUAUUGUAUUGCAGUGUAUUUAAAUUGGUUUCAACAAAGGCCUUAGAAAUCAAAUCUAGACUCGAAUCUAAAGAUAAGCUAUUAAGACAUGAGCAGUUUAACAAGGGGAUGGUAUCAUUCUGACCCAAUAUGCAGUAUAAAUUUUGGUUGUUUGAUGCUGGCAGUAAUCGUUUCUCUUAAUACACUGGAACUUUAUCCUCUGCCACUUGUGCAGGUUUGCAGAUUGUUAAAUAAACUUGUUUGUUAUUCA